GUGGGCGGUGAUAUCCGGUUUUAGGAAAGGUGGAAGUGUGCGCGGCACUGGCACCUGCUGCCAAGUGCGAUCCGUUGCUUCUUCUAGGCGCUUCGUCCGGGGAGCGGGAGCGGAGCGCGUGCUUGUUGCGGGAAGGAACCCAGGGGAGCUGCUACCCGAGAGGGAGGAGAUCUAGCUAGGAGCCAUGGCGGAGGAGGCGUCGUCCGCGCCGGCGGCCGCCGCUGCGGCGGGGAAGAUGACGAUGGUGGCGGGGGUGGACGAGAGCGACCACAGCUUCUACGCGCUGCAGUGGGCGCUCCAGCACUUCUUCCCGGCGGGGCAGCCGCAGCAGUACCGCCUCGUCGUCGUCACCGCAAAGCCAUCCGCCGCUUCCGCCGUCGGCCUCGCCGGACCAGGCGCGGCGGACGUGCUGCCGUUCGUGGAGGCGGACCUCAAGCGCACGGCGCUGCGCGUCAUCGAGAAAGCCAAGGAGCUCUGCGCGCAGGUGGCCGACGCCGAGUACGAGGCGAUGGAGGGGGACGCACGUAACGUCCUCUGCGACGCCGUCGAGAGGCACCACGCCGAGAUGCUCGUCGUCGGCAGCCACGGCUACGGAGCCAUCAAAAGGGCUGUUCUUGGAAGCGUGAGCGAUUAUUGUGCCCACCAUGCACACUGCACCGUGAUGAUAGUGAAGAAGCCGAAGCCCAAGCAUUAAGCGCGAUGCGGCAAUCUGCUGACUGAUGGGUAUUCCACAAGCAAAUAUAUGCGUGUCGUCAAAUCCUGCUGUAUUUAUCUGUUUGUGAAUAAUAAUUGGGUCAUCAACGAUGGCAUCCCUGGUUACUUGUUCAAUCUACAUGCGGAUUGAGAAGCGCAUAAUAAUUGUUGUCCAGAACCUCAAAAGUGUGUUUCUUUUGGUUCGUGCAAUGCAAUAUGUGCCAAGUAUAUGUGAUUGCAAAUUAUGUUGUC